AGCCAACCUCUCCUCCAUCCCCAUCCUAUCCCAUCCGUCCAUCCAUCCAUUCAUCUUCUUUUACCAUCUACUUCUUCAUUCUCGCAUCUCUGAUCCGUGUUCUCAUUGCUCUCUUCCUCCCAUUUGCCGCUGUUUCUUCUCUCCUCUCUUAUCCUUUACACUCUUCCUUUUCUCCCGUAACAGAUCGCUGGCCGAUCUCCGUGUGCUCUUUCCUCACAAUUCCGCUUUAGGACAGAGAACGCCCUUCAUGUUGUCGUCAGCGCCACAGCAAAUAUCGAGAUCAAACUACCAGUGCCUCCGGGCCAAAUAGAUCUUCAGAGCCAAUUUUUAUAUCAGUGCAUUCGCCGGACUCGUCUACAUCGAGCGUCCCUACUUCUUCCGAAUCUUAGGCAUCAUCACAGCUGACCGCCAUGUGGCUGUACAGAGGGGCUCAGUCGGCCGUCUUUUACUAUGCCACCUGUACGCCCUGUGCUAUGUCCUUUGACCGUCGCAAGCGAAAGAAGGAAGCCGUUCGAUCGCAACGAGAGAAGGAGAAGGUUGACGCCGUCAUCACCGACCAACCAAAACCAUUUGCUCAGCCAACACCGUUCAGUACCAACCCAGGAUGGGCGGAAGAGAUUGCACUAGGUCCGGGCCCUCCUGCAAGAAGAGGAGGUCAUCGGAACAAUCAUCGACGGACCGACAGUUGGAAUACUGAUCCGUUGUCACCAAUGGAGUCCAGCCACAACGUGGGGGAGGCAUCACUGAGAAAGGAUAAGAGCAGUCUUAAGCAUCCGCUUGGCGACCGGUGGAACCGUAUGCACUAUCAGCGCGAGGAUGAACCUCUGUGGGGGGAGGAAGUGGAGGUGAAGGGCUCCUCGGUUGGAAUCUCCGGCCGGGGCAAAGCGAACAGCACCGAACCCAGCAAGUACUACGUCGCCCGGGUACCCCCGGUCAACGAUCUUCAUCCACCGAUUGUAAGCGGACCCAAGAGCCGGGCGGAAACAAGAUGGAUGUUGCAACCGCCUCCCAGUGCCAGAGUCAUGGCCGGAAAGGAACCGUUCAGCGCUUCAACCCGCAGGAAUGACUGCGGGGCACUACCUAAAGACAAUCAUCCUAACAAGGCAGGGUCGACAGUCGCUCAGCGGAAUAGACAGCUGCCGCCCUUGGCUACUCAAAGUACGGAUCAAAGACCGUCGAACAAAUCCACGCCUAUUCUGGCUUCGCCCUACGAACACUCCGCCCAGAAAGCACCAAAGCCCGAAAGCAACAGUCAGCGUGAGCUUCCUCGGCAGCUGUCGUCCACUAUGCUGCCAUACGGACGUGACGAGAGCACGUUUGUCAUCUCGGUACCUAGGCAUUCACGUUGCGAUUCACCCUCUACCAUAUCUUCUCCGGACUGCUCAGACGCGGAGACUCCCAGUAUCUCAUGGCAGUAUCCUGAAACCCCGACGUCACGGCCAGUAUCAAAAUCAACGGACGACAAUACUAAACAUGCCCGUCCGAAAGUAUCAAAGACACUAUCCACGUUUCACCAGGACAACAAACAGAUUCAACUAUACCAUUUGGAUAUCAACGAUGAUACAGUUGAAGAAAUUAGCCUGGGCCAAUUUGAACCCAUUCGACCUUGGCGUUGGAGCAUGGACAUUUGAGGAUAGAAACCCAGUGGGCCACGCUGUCAACCUCGCAUCUGUUUCUUAACCCUUUUGGCAUCGCACACGUUUCUGGAUGCAUUCAACUGGUUUCUCUAUCUCGGCGUUGGAAGCACAAAAGCGGAUGCUCUCUCAUUCACUUUUUUUUUUCUCUCCCCGUUUAUCAUCCUACAGAGCAGGAAGAAGGGCCUACCAUUAUUCCCGUGUUAUCUCCAUGGCAGGUCCAUGGCAGGCAUCCUGGAUCAUCAGUUCUAGGCCUCCCGUUUAAGUCAUCGUCCCAUUUGCCAACUCUCUCGCAUUCCUGCAUUCGAGUCAUUUUCAUUCUCAACGCAGAUUACCAUUCUCUAGCCGUUUCCUUGACCUGUCCCGUCCUAUUCUUACCCGAGAUUUUCCUUUUGAGCUGUUGGACUUUCUUCGUGUAUAAUAGCUUCCCUAAUACAUACCUUGCGUCAUACCUUCAGCA